AAUUGAACCAUAAAAAAUGCUUGUAAUGAUUUCUCGCUUGAGAAAAUUGAGAAUUGAAAAGUCAGAAAGUCCUAUAAUGAGUUAUCACUGGAAUCAUGGGAGGUCGGUAAAUUGAAAUCCCUAGACAGGCGGAUUUAAUUUCAGGAAACUACACAUCGGAGGCUCCGCCAUCGUCUGAAUCUCUUAUAAAACCAACAAUCAGGCAUCCGCAAUGACCGGCGAAAUAUGAACGGAAACAAGAACAGGAGAUCUUCCGCCGUCGGUGACAAGUCGAGAGGCACAACCUCCAGCGACGUUUCCGUUGGGUCAAUGAAGAAGAAAUCGACGCCGGGAGUGGGCAAUAAGGACGGCGGCGGGUGGUCUCUGAGAAACGCCCAUUUCACGACGUGGACGGCCGGGGACGCGUUGAAUGUGGCGAGGGAGCACACCGUACUGUGCGCCUUCUUCUUCGCGGUCCUGUCAUUCAUGGGGGUGGAGUACACCCUGCGUAUGAUCCCGCACAAUUCUCCGCCGUUCGAUCUCGGGUUCGCCGCCACCAUCCACUUGCACCGCACGCUUGCUUCAUCGCCGGCGGUCAAUACGCUCCUUGCGGCCCUGAAUACGGCAUUUGUGGGGAUGCAAACGGCUUAUAUCAUUUGGGCGUGGGUAAUUGAAGGGCGCCCAAGAGCCACUAUUUCGGCUUUGUUCAUGUUCACCACCAGAGGAAUUCUGGGCUAUGCUACUCAGUUACCUUUGCCUAAGGAUUUCUUGGGAUCAGGAGCUGAUUUCCCAGUAGGGAAUGUGUCUUUUUUCCUGUUCUACUCAGGGCAUGUGGCGGCUGCUGUGAUUGCUUCUCUUGACAUGAGGAGGAUGCAGAGGAUGAGAUUGGCACUGGUCUUUGAUGUGCUCAAUGCUUUGCAAGCACUUAGGCUGCUCACCACCAGGGGUCACUACACCAUUGAUUUGGCUGUAGGUGUUGGUGCCGGUCUGCUCUUCGAUUCUCUGGCCGGAAAGUAUUUUAACAUAAAAAAUUGAACUCUUGAUGAUAUCUGUCACUUGGCAUUUGUAGUGUUAAAUUUUGUUACUCCCUAUUUGAUAUUCUGAAUAAACCAUAGCCGAAAUUAAUCCUUUACUGGCCUUGUAUGUAUCUGAAUUCACA